GUUGAGGGUGCCGGAGAGGGUAUAAAAGGAGUCCCAGUCGACCCCAGUACAACAUCAACCAUCACUUCUUUUUGGUCUUUCAUCUAUUUACAACAUGUCUACUACUACUACUGCCGCUGCUCCCAACCUUCUUGUCCUCACCCGUCACGGUGAGUCCGAGUGGAACAAGCUCAACCUUUUCACUGGCUGGAAGAACCCUGCUUUGACUGAGAACGGUAUCAAGGAGGCCGAGAUCGGUGGUCAACGCAUGGCCAAGCGCGGUUUGAAGUUCGACAUUGCCUUCACUUCUGCUCUUCAACGUGCUCAAAGCACCUGCAAGAUCAUGCUUAAGGAGGUUGGUCAACCUGACCUUCAAACCAUCGCCAACGAGAAGUUGAACGAGCGUUUCUACGGUGACCUCCAAGGUCUUAACAAGGAUGACGCCCGUAAGAAGUGGGGUCCCGAGCAAGUCCAAAUCUGGCGCCGUUCUUACGAUGUCCCCCCUCCCAACGGUGAGUCCUUGAAGGACACCGUUGCCCGUGUCCUUCCUUACUACAAGGAGACCAUCCUCCCCCACAUCCUCAAGGGUGAGAAGGUCUUCAUUGCCGCUCACGGUAACUCCAUGCGUGCUUUGAUCAAGGAGCUCGAGGGUCUUUCCGGUGAGGAGAUCGUCAAGCGCGAGCUUUCCACUGGUGUCCCCAUUGUCUACCAUUUGGACAAGGACGGCAAGUACGUCUCCAAGGAGAUCCUUGACAACUAGAUUGUUAUGUGAUGAACUAGAUAUUUAGAAUGACAGACCCAUUUGUCUAUCACA